AUGCGAGAAAUCAUUGUCCAACGUCCGUGGCUUGCCGUUGGCUGCACUUUAGGCGAAGGUCCCCUGUAUGACCCCAGCACGUCUUUGCUCCAUUUUGUCGAUAUAUCGGAAAACAAGGUAUCCAAUAUUUCCUCCGUCCUACCACAUUCCCAUUUUCCUAUGCCACAGGUUUUCCAUGCAAAUAUUGACACUCUUGAACUUGCCGUUGAGCAAUUCGAAGAGCCUAUAUCCUGUUUAGCAUUGCGUCAGAACAGCGCUGGGUUAGCGUGUGCCGCUGCGCAAGGUUUUGCACUGCUGGACAACUCCACUUUAACGUACCUCAACAAGCCUCUGUCUGACGAAGAUGCCCCAUUCACGCGAUUUAAUGACGGAGGAUGUGACAGCAGAGGUCGUUUCUUUGCUGGAACUAUUUAUGCAAAAGAACAUGGCAUUCCUGGGAGACUCUACCGAUAUGACCCCCUUGAAAACCACUGCGAAGUCGUCGAUGAAGGGCCAUUCACGGACUCGAAUGGCCUCGGAUGGAGCCCAGACGAAAAUACAUUUUAUUUUACUGAUUCCCUGGUGAACAAAAUAUAUGCCUACGAUUACAAGGACGGCGACCUUUCCAACCGACGUGUCUUUGUUGACGCAGUCGCACAAGGCCUUGCCGAAAAUUCUUUCUGUGAUGGUUUAUGCAUCGACGAAGACGGAUGCUUAUGGAGUGCACGGUGGGGAGGUUCCAAGAUUAUUAGAUUCGACAAGGAUGGCACCAUUGAUGCCCAGAUACACUUUCCCACCGCGCUGAACAUUACGGCGUGUUGUUUCGGAGGACCAAAUAAUGAUGUUCUCUUUGUGACCACUGCGCACUGCGGCGCAAACGGGGGUGACCGGACCAGACAAGAAGAAUAUCCAGAUUCUGGCCAUGUUUUUCUCGUCGAUCUCGCUGGACAAUACGGAGGAUUACCCCGCCAUAAAUUUGCCGGGUGA